UUGGCUCGCGCCGAAAUUCAAAGGAAUAAAUAGUUCCGGCGCGGGUGUAGGGACUAGGGCUGGUGUGUUCGCCAUGGUGAAGUUGGACUCUUAGUUCCCUAAGCUGGCAGAGAUUUACUGGCCCAACAUAGUAUUGAAAAAUGCAUAUUAAGUCAAUCAUUCUUGAGGGAUUCAAGUCUUACGCUCAGAGGACUGAAGUCAAUGGUUUUGACCCCCUCUUCAAUGCUAUCACUGGUUUAAAUGGUAGUGGAAAAUCCAACAUACUGGACUCCAUCUGCUUUUUGCUGGGCAUCUCCAACCUGUCUCAGGUUCGGGCUUCUAAUCUACAAGAUUUAGUUUACAAAAACGGGCAGGCUGGAAUUACCAAAGCGUCUGUGUCAAUCACCUUUGAUAAUUCUGACAAAAAGCAAAGCCCUUUGGGAUUUGAAGUUCAUGAUGAAAUCACAGUGACAAGGCAGGUGGUUAUUGGUGGCAGAAAUAAAUAUUUAAUCAAUGGAGUAAAUGCAAACAACACCAGAGUACAGGAUCUCUUCUGUUCUGUUGGCCUGAAUGUAAACAACCCUCAUUUUCUCAUCAUGCAGGGUCGAAUUACAAAAGUACUGAAUAUGAAACCUCCAGAGAUCUUAUCUAUGAUAGAAGAAGCAGCUGGAACAAGGAUGUAUGAAUAUAAAAAAAUAGCUGCGCAGAAAACUAUAGAGAAAAAGGAGGCCAAGCUGAAAGAAAUUAAGACGAUACUUGAAGAAGAGAUUACUCCAACCAUUCAGAAAUUAAAAGAGGAAAGAUCUUCCUAUUUGGAGUACCAAAAAGUAAUAAGAGAAAUAGAACAUUUGAGUCGUUUAUAUAUUGCUUACCAAUUUUUGCUGGCUGAAGAUACUAAAGAGCGCUCAGCUGAGGAGUUAAAAGAAAUGCAGGAUAAAAUUAUAAAGCUUCAAGAAAAAUUGUCUGAGAAUGAUAAAAAAAUAAAGGCUCUUAAUCAUGAAAUAGAAGAAUUGGAAAAACGAAAAGAUAAGGAAAUUGGAGGCAUACUUCGAUCUUUAGAAGAUGCUCUUGCAGAGGCUCAGCGAGUUAAUACUAAGUCUCAAAGUGCAUUUGACCUUAAAAAGAAAAACCUGGCAAGUGAAGAAAACAAACGCCAAGAGCUGGAAAAAAAUUUGGUAGAGGAUUCUAAAACUUUAGCAGCAAAGGAGAAAGAAGUUCAGAGUAUAACAGAUGGGCUGCAUGGCCUUCAAGAAGCAAGUGAUAAAGACGCUGAAGCUUUGGCUGCUGCACAGCAGCACUUCAAUGCUGUUUCCGCUGGUUUGUCCAGUAACGAAGAUGGAGCAGAAGCAACUAUCGCUGGUCAAAUGAUAGCCUGUAAAAAUGACAUAAGUAAAGCUCAGACAGAGGCCAAACAGGCCCAAAUGAAAUUGAAACAUGCCCAGCAGGAAUUAAAGAAUAAACAAGUAGAAGUUAAGAAGAUGGAUGGUGGCUAUAGGAAGGAUCAAGAAGCUUUAGAAGCUGUAAAAAGACUAAAAGAAAAACUUGAAACAGAAAUGAAGAAAUUAAAUUAUGAAGAAAAGAAAGAAGAAAACCUUUUGGAAAAGCGCAGACAACUAUCUCAUGAUAUCAGUAGAUUAAAAGAAACAUAUGAAGCUCUCUUGGCCAGAUUUCCCAAUCUUCAGUUUGCAUACAAAGAUCCAGAGAAGAACUGGAAUAGAAAUUGUGUAAAAGGACUUGUGGCUUCUCUGAUUAGUGUGAAAAAUACUUCUGCGACAACAGCCUUGGAAUUGGUUGCUGGGGAACGACUCUACAAUGUUAUCGUAGACACAGAGGUUGGUCCUAACAAUGUUCAUGUGGCUCUUUCCCUGGUUGACUAUAAACCAGAACUUCAGAAAGCAAUGGAAUUUGUCUUUGGAACAACAUUUGUUUGUGACAAUAUGGACAAUGCUAAAAAGGUGGCCUUUGAUAAAAGGAUAAUGACUAGAACUGUAACUUUAGGAGGUGAUGUAUUUGAUCCUCAUGGAACAUUGAGUGGAGGUGCUCGAUCUCAGGCAGCUUCUAUUUUAACCAAGUUUCAAGAACUCAAAGAUGUUCAGGAUGAGCUGAGGAUCAAGGAGAAAGAGCUACAGGUUUUAGAAGAGGAAUUAGCACGUCUUAAAAAUACUGCUGAAAAGUAUCGCCAACUAAAACAGCAGUGGGAAAUGAAAACUGAGGAAGCAGAUUUAUUACAAACAAAGCUCCAGCAAAGCUCAUAUCAUAAACAACAAGAAGAAUUGGAUGCCCUUAAAAAAACUAUUGCGGAAAGUGAAGAAACCUUAAAAAACACCAAAGAAAUCCAAAAAAAAGCAGAAGAAAAAUAUGAAAUAUUAGAGAAUAAAAUGAAAAAUGCAGAAGCUGAGAGAGAAAAAGAACUAAAGGAUGCUCAGAAAAAACUGGAUUGUGCCAAAACAAAAGCAGAUGCAUCUAGCAAGAAAAUGAAGGAAAAGCAACAGGAAGUUGAAGCUAUCACCCUGGAGCUUGAAGAGCUCAAGAGAGAGCAUGCAUCCUAUAAACAGCAGCUUGAAGCUGUAAAUGAAGCUAUCAAAUCCUAUGCAGGUCAGAUUGAAGUAAUGGCAGCAGAGGUAGCAAAAAAUAAGGAAUCAGUCAGUAAAGCUCAAGAAGAGGUGACCAAGCAAAAAGAAGUGAUAGUAGCCCAUGACAGUGUAAUUAAAACUAAAUAUGCAGAAGUAGCAAAACAUAAGGAGCAAAACAAUGAUUCUCAACUUAAAAUUAAGGAGUUAGACCACAACAUCAGCAAACAUAAACGGGAAGCUGAAGAUGCUGCUUCAAAGGUAUCCAAAAUGUUGAAAGACUAUGAUUGGAUUAAUGCAGAGAGACAUCUCUUUGGCCAACCUAAUAGUGCCUAUGAUUUCAAAACUAACAAUCCCAAGGAAGCUGGUCAGCGACUUCAGAAGUUGCAAGAAAUGAAGGAGAAAUUAGGAAGAAAUGUCAAUAUGAGAGCUAUGAAUGUACUGACAGAAGCUGAAGAGCGAUAUAAUGACUUGAUGAAGAAGAAGAGAAUUGUAGAAAAUGACAAAUCCAAAAUCCUUGCAACUAUAGAAGACCUUGACCAGAAGAAAAACCAAGCCCUAAAUAUUGCUUGGCAAAAGGUGAACAAAGAUUUUGGGUCUAUUUUUUCUACUCUUUUGCCUGGUGCCAAUGCUAUGCUUGCACCACCAGAAGGGCAAACUGUUUUGGAUGGUCUGGAGUUCAAAGUUGCCUUGGGAAACACCUGGAAAGAAAAUCUAACUGAGCUUAGUGGUGGUCAGAGGUCCUUAGUGGCUUUGUCAUUAAUAUUGUCCAUGCUCCUCUUCAAACCUGCUCCAAUUUAUAUCUUGGAUGAGGUAGAUGCAGCCUUGGAUCUUUCUCAUACCCAAAAUAUUGGACAGAUGUUGCGAACUCAUUUCACACAUUCUCAGUUCAUUGUGGUAUCCCUAAAAGAAGGUAUGUUCAACAAUGCAAAUGUUCUUUUCAAAACCAAGUUUGUGGAUGGAGUUUCAACAGUGACGCGAUUCACUCAAAGUCAGAAUGGAAGGAUUCCAAAGGAAACAAAAUCCAAGGCAAAAUGACCCAAAUGAGCACAUGGUGAAAGUUUUAAAGUACAAACUUAUUCCUGUACCUUAACCUUUUUUUUUAAACAUAAUCUUUCAAGAACGUGGAAUCUAAUUUGUUUAUAUAAUAAUAGUUAUUCUAUUACCAAACUAGUAUUUUCUCUUCCUUUGUAUUAUCUCUUGAAAAUGAACAUAGAUUGUUCUCUAUUAAUUAGUAUAACUGUGGUCCAGUUACUGUGGUUGUGGUUUUAUGUAUAUCAUCAAAGUUUUUUCUUAUACAAAUCUUUUAUGUAUUAGGGAGUCUGAUAUACCUGGUUGGUGGUAUAUAUAGAAGAAAAAAUGCAAAGAAACAGAUGAAAUUAAAAUAUAGGAUAAAUGUAGCUGACAGUCAGCUUUUAAUUAGUUUAAUUCUUAAAGCAAGAUUAUGUGUUUUCUAUUGCUAAUAAAAUAAUUUAGUUAAGGAAGAAUUAUAAAGCAAGUAGAUGAAUGAACAAAGGGAACACAAAGCCAAUAUACAUGUACUAAGGUAUUGGAAUUUAGUCCCUUGAGGACACAAUGUCAGAUUCUAAGAUGGGAAAAGAACUUGAAAAGAUUUCCCAUUUUAAUGUUGUUGGAAUAUCAUGUUUCUAGAUGCAUAAUAAUUGGUCUCUGCUACCUUGAUUUGUUUUGUAAAGCUCUAUGAGUAUUUUAUAGAGGUUUUUGAAGAAGUAUGUUGUGUGGUGCUCUCUGGGUUUAUUUGAAGUCUCAGUAUUUUUGAAGCUUUUUGUCAGCCUUUUCAUAAUCUAGUUAAUAACCUGUCAGUGACUGAAAAUGUAGGAUCCAGACUAAAUCAAAGUUUUUCUUGAGUCUAAUAAGCAUAUAGAUUGAUCUAUUAACAAAAUUACUUGAAAGUUUGGUGAUUAUUACAACUAUUUGUACAUUCUGCUUUCCAUUUCAAAGCAGUGCAGUUUCUUUAGAACUCUAUAGGUGGAACUAUCAAACACCGUAAGAAUAGGAUUUGUAGCUUUUGUUUUCUCUAGAUACAUCAUUAAAAUAAUGUGUCUAUAAUCUGAAUCCUAAAAGUUCUAAUGUGAUCUAAUCUGAUCUUUGAUGUGUUAUUUUAGCCCCAUCUCCCUUCCUGAUACUUGACUCUUAGUUCCUAAAUGUUAUUAUCAUCCUUUCUCUGAUACAUGCUCAUACUUUUUGGCUCUAGGAUUGACAUUUCUCAGUCUUCAUUUGCCAUACCUGUUAUGUAACACCUGAGUAAUUGAUAUGAGACAGAUUGGAAUGUAUUUAAUCUAGAAUUAGUUCUCUUUACUGUGAGAGGGAAGCUAGAUACAGCAAUAAAUGCUAAGUUACAGGAAGGCCAAUAUCACAGAUGGCAAACCUACAGAAUUUUGUGCUUCCUUUCAAAAGUAUUGCAGAUUGUUCACCAAAACAGUUGUAUGCAUCUACAUAAUUACCAAUAAAGUAUAACGCACGAGUUUUA